AUGGAAUCAAUGUCAACACGUAAACGGGAGCAUUCCAAGCAUGCAGAGUCUAGUCUCAAGCUGUACGAGCAGCUUGUGGUUUUGUUGAGGACAAGGAGUGAGGUCCGGUUUUUAUGCAAUCGUGUCUCUUUGUCGCUAAGAGCAUGCAUAGUGGUUGAGCUUGCGCUCUGUGGAGCAAUAGGGCUGAAGGAGGGAAGGGUUGUGGGAAAAGACAAUGCUCUGGAUAGCUCACUUUUACUGGAGGCAAUGAACAAGAUUUAUCAAAUCCAAUUGCCACCCGACGAGCUUAUGUAUAGGCUUAACGGAGAGAAGAGAGGAGGAAGUAUCUACAUGAGGAAUGUUAGGCUAAGAGUCUACAAAGGGUUGGAGGAGAAGAGGAUAUGCAAGGUUGAAAACAGUCGUCUAAUAUUCAACAAGAUUACUAUGAACAACUACAAUGUAAGGAUAGAGCUUAUAAACUACAUGAAGGAGUAUUUGACCUCUAGCAAAGAAGUGGAUUACAGAGCAGAGGCACUUGCCGUAUGCUUGAUAUUUUGCUCGGCAAUAGAUAGCAUACUUAUCUGCAUGACGGAGAAAGAGGCUGUGGCGUCCAAUGCCCACAUCAAUCGGAUCAAGGAGAAGUACAUGAGCAGAAGUGCAUGCGAGUCUGGGAAAGAGAUGAUCAUACAUUCUGUGCUUAAGGCUUUAUUAAAUUCCUAG